ACUGAAAUCCCUGACCGACGACCAGAAGCCCCGUGUUUCAUGGAAAUUUUCCCGUGCCUCCUGUUUUCCUUCGUCAUCGACCGUUUGGAGGGAGUUCUUGAUACGUUUGCGGGAGUUGGAUUUAUGUGUUCAGAUGUCGGGCCAAUUCAACCAUACGUAAGCUUCAUAUACAGAAAUACUGGGAAAGAAAUUUAUAAAGUCUCCAACCGCACAAGGAUCAGAUUCAGUGUGUGAACGUGGUUUCCUGAGAUCACUUGUGGUUCGAGUCGCUUUAUUUAUUGCCAAUAGAUUGUUGGAUCUGUCUCUUGGUCGUCGUUUGUCAACUUGACCAGUGCCAUCAUCUCUGUCUUCGACCAGUUCGAAAUCAUUGUGCUACCUAGACUCUUUAAUUCAUUCUUGCUGAAUAUGAUUAUUCGAAGAAAGACUGCAAACAUCAAUCAUCUGAGAUGGACCCAGGCUUUUAUCAUAGGGGUCCUUUGCCUAUUCAGCAUCGAGCUAUCUACUACAGAAGCAGAGACCUUGGUAAACCCAAGGGCCAAAGCCCAUGCUCGAAGGCAGCGGAAUAUUCAUGAUUUCUUAGAAGGCGGGGAUCACAACCAUGAUGGAGCCAACCAGUUAGAUGCGGAUGAUCCGGAUUUCUCGGGUGUGGUAGAUUUCAGCAACGCCGAACCAGGCCCAGGGGGAUCCUGGUGCAUCACCAAGACCAAAUAUGUGGAUCAUAUGGUCAAGGAUCAAAUCAAGGAGUGCUGGCAUCAAAAUAUCACUCAGUGCCACGACACUUACGUGACCGAAUUUCUGCCCAGCCAAGAGCAGAAAUGUGAGGAAACAUUCUGGAAGUCGUGCAAAAUCGACUUCAGGGAAAUGCCUUACAACUAUACCAUGAAGAGCUGCCACACCCCACUCAUGAAAAUCUGUGAUCAAGAUGCCGCGUUUGGCAAGCCUGAAAUCGUUUGCAAGACCUGGUUUGAGUCCGAAUGCAAUACAACAUAUACAGAGACCACUCCCAACGUGGAAGACAAGCCCAACACGUGGUGUAAGAAGGUGCCAAGAAAGAUUUGUGCCCCAGAUAACUGCAAGAUGGUCCCAGGGCCAGAAGAGUGCCACGAUAAAACCCUUGUGUCCACAAUUGAAAAACCUACAGAGUUGUGUGAUCUCCAACCCACUCAGCAUUGUCGACUCAUCACCAAACUCACUCCUCAUCUUCUCUCCAAAGAAGUGUGCAAAAACAUUCCCAAAGAGGUCUGCCAUUUGGCGCUGACUGCCCCCAAACAGAUCAAGAAACCUCUGACAUUAAAAUGGUGCACGAGAAAGGGUGGCUCAAAUGGGCAAGGCCAGCGAGCUCCCCAAGCAAACAAUAACAUUCCAACCUAUACUAGAAAACCAAGCUAUCUUCCACCUCCACCUCCUCCAUUACCACAAUCCCAAAACAAUCAAAGAGGAGUGCAAGUGAACUUGAACUCCAAUUCGGGAAGCAGCAGCAACAACAACAACAACAACAUCAUCAGCAACAAUAAUAAUAACAACAACAAUAAUAAUAAUUUCAUCCCGCAACCUACCUACGGAUCUCCCUCUCGCCAGCCAAUCCAGAACUUUCAGCUCGAUAACGCAGCGUAUGCCAGCUCUCCGGAAGUUCAGGUCACGAAAUUCAAACCUCGUCCUCAAGAGCGCGAUCGACCCAAUGCUUUUCAACCGGUUUACCAAGAGCAAGCCAGGCCAGCAGCUAGUAUUCGAAACCGUCAAACCAUUCAAUUGCCCGACGUAUUCCGAGAGGAGCUGAUCAAAGUGAUUUCAGAGGAGGAAUUAGAACGCGCAUUGGCCGCAGAGGAGAUCUCAAUAAUUGAUGAAUCCGUUGAAGAGGAUGAGAGCCAGAGCGAGGAAGACAUUCCCAAAGUAGUGAUCCCUCCUCCUUCCCACUUGAACGAGAGACCGCCCAUAUUUUCGGCUUCAAUUACUGAUGAAGUGGAUUCAACCGGUCCGGGUCUCGGUUCUUUUGGUAGUUUUGCCAAUGUCAACUCAGGGGGCGAAGAAUAUCUGGGGUGAAUCAAACAGCUGACUACCCUACAGCCUACUUCCUGAAGAGUAGCCAAUCAUCCGAUGUUGUUACCCUAGCUCUAGUCCAAAGAAACUAGUCAUUCAAGGUGUAUGACCGACCAAUGUCUCCCAUACAGCUCGUUCUGAGUUGUAAACAAUAAUAUCCCCAAUUUCAUUCACACUUGACAACGAGAUACUUUGUUAUUAAUAUGAAUUGUUUCAUAUACAUUGCGUUCGUGUUACACCUCACUUGUGCUUUAUCCUUGUCACAGAAAAUAAAGCCUGAAGUAAAGAAACUGGCACCAACAAAUCACUGCU